GCCUCUUCUUCCACCAUCCCAUCUCUGCAUCUCCCUCGGUUCUCGGACUCUCACUGCUAGCUAGCCACUCGUCGAUCCAUAUAUUUUCAGUCCCAUUCUACUCACUUGCACGCAGUUGAUACUGCAAGAUCGAUCGGCAUGCCGACUGUGACCCGUGCGUCGCUUGACCAGAACCUCGCCCUCGCCAAGCGCUGCUCGCGAGAGGCGACCCUCGCAGGAGCGAAGGCAGCAGCUGUUGCGACCAUCGCCUCUGCGAUCCCCACCCUGGCGAGCGUGCGGAUGCUGCCAUGGGCGAAGGCCAACAUCAACCCCACCGGUCAGGCCCUCAUCAUCUCCACAGUUGCCGGGAUGGCCUACUUCAUCGCCGCCGACAAGAAGAUUCUUUCGCUGGCGAGGCGGCAUUCGUUCGAGGACGCCCCCGAGCACCUCAAGAACACCUCCUUCCAGGGCGCCGGCAGUCCCCACCCUGCCUUCUUCAGGCCAUGAUCGAGCUACCUCUUGAGCCCGUCUUUCUUCAGGCAAUGAGAUAGUUAUCGAUCGAGCUAUAUAUCUCUAGAUCACUAGUUCAGUGCCGUCGAUGUCCGAAUAAAAAAAAAACUACUAUAUCGAUGUGCUCGGAGAAACGGUAGUAGCUAUGGGCCUCUCCUGUAAUACUAGUAUAGUUCUCCAGUGCUAUGGGCCACUGUAAUUAGCUUGUAUUACUUUAUUGCUGCUCUAAUUAAAAAGUGCUACUGCAACUUUGCGUCACUCAAA